CGUUGUUUCACUCGACACCGGUGUAAUCACACUAUUGGCGCGUUGGUCUGUGCAACACCUGACGGAACUAUUAUACAGCCAUUCUUAUACCGAUCACCAACAACCCGCUCAGACAUGGCCCAAAGAAUGGAAAAGAUGAUGACUGAGCUCAGAGAGGCCUACCUGAUCCAGGAUAAAGACGAUGAUCACAAGAUAAACAUUUCAGAACUGGGCAGUGUCAUGCGCAGUAUAGGACUGAGUCCGACACAGGCACAGCUCGCCUCUAUUGCACAGGAGUAUGGCGCUAGUGCUAACAGCAAGGGAGGUAAGUUGUUUGACAUUGAGGAGUGCAAGAGGAUCGUUCAGAAAAACGCAGGACUGACCGAGACGCCAGAAUCUCUCCGAGACUGUUUCCGGAUAUUUGACAAAGACGGGAAUGGCUACAAUAAUGCGUCUGAAAUCCGACACGUACUUACCACCCUGGGAGAGCCUUUGAGAGAUGAGGAGGUGGACGAACUUACCCGAGAAAUUGAACUGACAGUUGAUGGCCAGUUCAACUAUGAAGAAGUGGUACAACUCCUGACGCAGUGAUCUUAGAAAAUGUCUUAUUUUAUGACCAAAGGAUGAACGAGUUGUAUAUUUAUGAAUGGAACAGUAUAAAAAGGGGCGGGGUGUACACACACAGCACACUGUGUUAGAAAUGUGAGGGACUAGCAAGCAAAUCCUGCACGAAUGAGUGUUCGGAAUGGGUACGCCUGUUCAAAACUUGUGUUCCAAAUACUUUUCUGUCUAGACGUGUAAUUGCAUGUGAAAAAAUUAGCUGGCUAGCAUUAUUGUCUAGAGUCUGAACAGGUUGUUGAAUAUUCAAACACUGCGUUUGUCAAUUAAGUAAAACGAUGUAUAUAUAUAUAUAUAUAUAACUACAAUCCCAUCUAUACUAAAUGGAAAAGGUCCGUAUGUUUAACCACGACGUCGAUCCAUUUUUAUACCAACCAAAACGCUUUGUGGCUACAAAUUAUUGGGAUAAACUUUAAUUUAUUUGACUAUAAUGAGCAUAGUCUUUACAAGUAGUUGAUCUCAAAAUGUAACUGGGAAACGGAUUUAUUUUUGCUUUUUUUGCUUUUUAUUGGCGCCUCUUUAAUUAUUAUGACACAACUUAAUCCUAUCAAAAAGAAAAUCCAUCUAACAUUGUCACAAAUACAAAAUAUUAAUUUCUAUAGAUUGGUUCAAGUGAAAGAAUCUGUCAAUAACUGUUUAUAGGAGUGAUAGAGGUAUACUGCCUUUAGUUCAUGGCGUAGGUAAUGAAGGAUCUGAGCAACACACAUGUAUAUAUAUACAUUCCAUUUUUGUUCCUUUUCAUUGAUAGAAUGUUUGUUUACGUUACAUAUGUUAAAUCAUUAAACUUGCAUACAAUUUA